ACCGGCCUUAACAAGGAUAUUUUAUCCGCCUGCUUCACCUUUGGGACUCCACCAUGAAUAACCAGUCGAUGACUGGGAGGACCAUGGUCCCGACCAUCCCGUCUGUCAUGUUUAUAUUCGGGGUGGUGGGGAACGUCAUCGCCAUCGUGGUUCUUUGUAAAACCCGCAGAGAACAGAAGGAGACCACCUUUUACACGCUCGUGUGCGGGCUGGCUGUCACGGACCUCCUGGGGACCCUGCUGGCCAGUCCGGUCACCAUCGCCACCUACGUGAAGGGGUCGUGGCCCGGAGGGGACCCGCUGUGCCAGUACUUCGGCUUCACCAUGCUGUUCUUCUCUCUGGCGGGACUCAGUAUCAUCUGCGCCAUGUCGGUGGAGAGGUACAUCGCCAUCAACCAUGCCUACUUUUACAACGACUAUGUGGACCAGAAGCUGGCCGGACUGACUCUCAUAGCCAUCUACAUCUCCAACGCGCUCUUCUGCGCUCUGCCCAUCGUCGGCUUUGGGCAGGUGAAGAAGCAGUACCCGCAGACCUGGUGUUUCUUGGAGUGGAGGAGCAACAGGACCAGCGAUGCCGCCUACUCUUACAUGUACGCCGGUUUCAGCUCCCUCCUCAUCCUCGCCACUGUGAUCUGUAACGUGCUCGUGUGCGUGGCUUUGAUCCGGAUGCACCGGCGCUUCGUGCGCAGGAUGUCGCUGGGAACAGAUCUGGCGCGCAACGUGGACCCGCAGAGGAGAGGGCGCAGCUUCGGGCGACUCGCCGGGGCAGAGAUUCAGAUGGUCAUUCUGCUUAUAGGCACGUCGGCAGUGGUGCUCUUCUGCUCCAUCCCACUUGUUGCCCAGGUGUUUUUGAACCAGCUCUAUAAAACUCCAGUUGAACUGCGGCUGGACAAAAACCCCGACCUCCGAGCGAUACGCUUUGCCUCCUUCAACCCCAUCCUUGACCCCUGGAUCUACAUCCUGCUCCGCAAGGCUGUUCUCCUCAAGCUCAUUGAGAAAGUCAAGUGUCUGUUUUGUAAAGUGGGAGCAAGAAGACCUCAGAGACAGGGGAACUUUCACUGCAUAGAUGCUUACCAGCUCUCUUCAAGCAUCUCUAACCAGGACUCCCACUCUUUGGUGUCUCGUGAACUGCAAGACGUCAGAAAAAACUCUCAGUCCUUCCUUUGUGCACCGGAGGGAAGUGAGUCCUACUCUGGAAGCUGCCCAAAGUCAGACAAACUGUCUGGUUCACAGCCAUCUUCAGUCCGAAACUCCCAAGUUUCUUAUUCGUCUGAGAGUGAGACUCAAACUGAAGAAGGAGCAAACAUAAUCACGGAUCUUUCAGUGCUGCCACGCCGCAAAGAUGCAGCUCUUCAGGUGACACUAAAUGCAGAGACAGUAGUGGAAAAAUGCAUCUGA